AUGCCGAGGAUAGACUCGAAACGGUUGCCUCUCAGGCUCAAAAGGUCAUGCACUGAUGUAAUCAAUCAGCUCACUAAGCCACAGCAGGCACCCACUUCCUCCAUCCCUGGUAUCCAAGUUUGCAAAAGCCGUGCAGGAGCAGUUCUUCAUGCACAACAUCUCACAUUCCUUGACUUAAAAUCUUCAGCUUUCAAGUACGGCUUCUGUGUGCUGCAUCAAGAAAGUACAACUUCGAUCUUCAUGUUUUACAGUCUAAAGCCCAAGAUGCCGAGGAUGGACUCGACACGGUUGCCUCUCAGGCUCAAAAGGUCAUGCACUGAUCGGCUUGAGCAGGCUCUUCAUAUUACACAAAAAAAGAAGAAGAAGAAGAAAGAUUUGUCUCCUCCUCCUGUUGCAUAG